GACCGGACACAGGAAGCAUGGGUGUCCGGACCUUAGGCACUGCUAUCUUCCUGAGUCUUUGGGAGACUUAUGUGUGUCCCAGAAGUCCUGGAUGGAUGGACUUUAUCCAGCACUGGGGAGUUUGUUGUUGUGUUGCUUUCAUUUCGGCAGGCCUCCUUUCCGUGGCCUUCUGCUGGUUUCUGUCAUCGGUCGCAGCACUCACCACCUCUUGGAUUAGCAUGUGUGUUCUGCUGUGUUGCUCCAAGCACGCGCGAUGUUUCAUUCUACUCGUCUUUCUCUCCUGUGGCCUGCGUGAGGGCAGGAACGCUUUGAUUGCAGCUGGCACGGGGAUAGUGAUAUUUGGACACGUGGAAAAUAUUUUUCAGAACUUUAAAAGUCUCCUAGACAGUAUGACUUGCAAUCUAAGGGCAAAGAGCUUUUCCAUACAUUUUCCACUUUUGAAAAAAUAUAUUGAGGCAAUUCAGUGGCUUUAUGGCCUUGCCACCCCACUAAGUCUAUUUGAUGACCUUGUUUCUUGGAACCAGACCCUGGCAGUCUCUCUUUUCAGUCCAAGCCACGCCCUGGAGGCACAGCUAAAUGACACCAAAGGGAAAGUCCUGCAUAUCUUGUACCAGAUGACAACUGCAACAGAGGUGGUGUCCUCACUGGGUCAGAAGCUAUUUGCUCUUGCAGGGCUUUUGCUGGUCCUACUUGGCACUGGCCUCUUCAUGAAGCGAUUUUUGGGCACUGGUGGUUGGAAGUAUGAAAACAUUUACAUCACCAGACAAUUUGUUCAGUUUGACGAAAGGGAGAGGCAUCAACAGAGGCCCUGCGUCCUCCCGCUGAACAAGAAGGAAAGGAGGAAAUUCAUUUCUGGCUUCCAGUCUUGAAAUUGCUCAGGAAGAAACAAGGGGAUAUGGCGAGUGAAGGCAAUCCAUGAGAGAUCCUGUGUAGUUUUCAGCCACCCUGCACCA